AUGCAUAUCACCAAGAAGUUUGAUCGGGCGUUCCAAUGGGCCGGCGAGAAGAUGGGCCAGGAGGUUAAGACGGGUGUUUCGGACGAUUUCAAGAUGUUGGAGACGGAAAUGGCAUUGAGACACGAUGGAAUGGACAAGCUCCAAAAAUCCAUGAACGUUUAUACAAAAUCGCUCUCAAAGCGAUGCGAUGCCUACGAUGACAAGGAAAAGGCGCUCCCAGUUAGUUUCCUGGGAAGGACCAUGAUCAGCCACGGCGAAGAUUUCGAACAGGAUUCCGAGUUUGGCAACUGCUUGAUCGCCAUGGGACAGGGCAACGAGCGUAUUGCCGGACUACAAGAAACUUAUGCUGCACAAGCUUCUUCGUACUGGUUGGAGGGCUGCGAGCGGAACCUCGCAAUGAUGAAGGAAUACCAAAAUGCACGAAAGAAGUUGGAGAGCAGAAGACUAGCCUACGAUGCGAGCACCGCAAAGCUGCACAAGUCUAAACGUGAGGACGUUAGACUCGAGGAUGAACUCCGAUCGGCCAAGGCCAAGUACGAAGAGUCUUCCGAAGACGUAUAUCGCCGCAUGCAAGACAUCAAGGAAGCCGAAGCCGAAGCAAUCCAGGACCUCACAAACUUUAUGGAUGCUGAGCUCGAAUAUUAUGAACGAUGUGCUGAAGAGCUUCGACGUGUUCGUGCCGCCUGGCCUGCAUCGACCGGCCAGCCCUCGUCCACUCGUGGCGGCAACCCAGACAUUGGCCUGUCUCGUCGAACCACCCGAUCUCGAAGCAAUACGGCGCAGUCCUUUGGUGAGCGCAACGACCGCACAGAACGCUGGGCAACUCGGCAGGAUAUCUACGAAGAGGAGGAGCCAGCUCCUGCACCUGUUCGCUUGCCUACACGCUCCGUACGCCAGGCCAGCAGCGGCUCUACAACUCCCAUCUCACCACCUCGUCCUGGCUUUAACCGCUCCAGCACCCACGGUGGCACAUUCGAGGGACCGCGCGAUAGACCAGCUUAUCGUGAGCCGCCACUGCCGCCGCCUUCGCAGGAAGCCCUCCGAAAGAGCAGUGUUUCUGCUGCUCCCGUUCCCAUCAACGUCGGUUCCCUCAGAGGCAACCUGCGGCCUGUUAGCCGAAUCUCGACAAACACGUCACAGGAUGUUUUUGCCGAUGAUUACGACACAGCUACAAGCAGUGGAAGUCCCGACUAUGCUCGCAGCGAAAGCCCCGCCACCAGCUACGGCAGCUUGAGCAGGACAACAAGCAACACCGGGCUGUCGAUCAAGAAGGCUCCGCCGCCGCCUCCCAGCCGGGCCAAGAAGCCCCCGCCGCCUAUUCCCCAGAAGAGGGAACUGACUUACUAG